GGUGAAAAGCCGUUUUCAUGUGUGAACUGUGGAAAAAGUUUUCGUCAAAAAUCUAAUUUAACUCGGCACAUGAUGAUUCACACUGGUGAAAAGCCGUUUUCAUGCGUGACCUGUGGAGAAAGUUUUACUCAAAAACACGAUUUAAUUCAGCACAUGAUGAUUCACACUGGUGAAAAGCCGUUUUCAUGCGUGACCUGUGGGAAAACGUUUAGUCAUAAACAGUAUUUAACUCAGCACAUGAUGAUUCACACCAGUGAAAGGCCAUUUUCAUGUGUUACCUGUGGGAAAAGUUUUAGUCGAAAAUUUACUUUAACUGAGCACAUGAUGAUUCACACAGGUGAAAAGCCGUUUUCAUGUGUGACCUGUGGAAACAGUUUUAUUCAUAAACCGGCUUUAACUGAGCACAUGAGGAUUCACACUGGUGAAAAGCCGUUUUCAUGUGUGAACUGUGGAAAAAGUUUUAGGCAUAAACGGCAUUUAACUCAGCACAUGAGAAUUCACACUGGUGAAAAGCCGUUUUCAUGUGUGAACUGUGGAAAAGGUUUUGUCAAAAACCAGCUUUAACUCAGCAUAUGAGGAUUCACACAGUGGAAAAGGCGUUUUCAUGUGUGACCUGUGAGAAAAGAUUUAGUCGCAAAUUCAGUUUAUAUCAACACUUGAGGCGUCACACAGUUGAAAAGCCGUAGAAGUAUUUCUCAUACAUGUCCAAUGUUGAGGUUCACUAUGGAAUUGUUCUGGUUAAGAUCUUGAAUGAAAGACUGGAGGGGUUUCAUGUCUAUAAAGCUCAAAAUUGUUUUAUUUAAGUGUGAUAAUUUGGAUCUUCACUUUUGGAUACUUGUAGAUGUGCAACCAUGACACAAUUUCCUUUAGAGAUGUUUGUUUUUUUGCAUAUUCUGUAUCACAAAACAAUAAUGUUAGACUGUAUGUUAUUGUAUUAACAUCCUGUUUAUGUGAAACUGUAUGUUGUGUGUAUACAACAUGAAGAGCAGAGGGCUC